AUGAUCCAAGCCCAUGAAAAAAUAUCUCCGUCCUUCCUCCGGAAUUCCAAAGUCACCUUCUUCUGUGCCUUUGACGCAUUUCUCAUCAUGUUCCUUCUUCGACGUACCGCUGUUCGUGCGCUCAGCGCGACGCCUUCGAAGGCGCUCUUUACGAAGCCGCGAUCACUCACCACGCUUACAUCGUCCAUCUUGCGAUCAAGACAACAGCAAUGGUCUAUAUCUCCCUUCCAGAGGAGGUUCGCUAGCGACGAUGCGGCAAAGACCGAGGCUGCUCAGGCUGCUACAGCUGACGCCCCAGAGAACUUUGCGCAGACGGCAGCGGAGGCACCCGUCGAAGAAAACCUAACUCCAGCACAACAAGAAUUUCAGGCAGAGCCCACUGAUGCCUCUGCCACUGUUGGCGCGAGUGCUUUGGAGGCGUUGGGGAAAAAUGCAGACAAGACGGCCGAGACGACGGGGCGGAAUUCCAGAGCACCUCGCGAAGGCACCCCCGAACCAAAAACUCUUCUGUAUAUCGGCAACCUGUACUACGAGGUCACCGCAGAUCAACUGGAGCGCGUCUUCUCGCGAUUUGGCGAGAUCGAGAGUGCGAAGAUUGUCUACGACAACAGGGGUAUGAGCAGAGGAUUUGGCUACAUCGAGUUCAAGAGCAUCCCCGAUGCACAAGCCGCUGUUGAUAACCUCGACAUGCAAGUUUUUGAAGGCCGGAACCUCGUAGUGCAAUUUCAUCGCGCUAAAACGGACUCCAAGACCCGUAGCCCCAAAGGCAAUUACGGAACCCGCAUCAACCCCCCAUCCAGGACCCUCUUCAUUGGAAACAUGUCGUUUGAAAUGUCUGACAAGGACUUGAAUGACCUCUUCCGUGACAUCCGCAAUGUCACGGACGUCCGCGUUGCAGUCGACAGGAGGACUGGCCAGCCAAGAGGUUUCGCCCACGCAGACUUUAUCGACAUUGCUAGCGCUACCCGGGCCAAAGAGUUCUUGCAGGAGAAGACUAUCUACGGAAGACAGUUGCGCGUUGACUUUAGCACGUCUGGUACACAACAGCAGAGGGAUAAUCAUACAAAUGAUGCAGGGGAGGCAGGAGAGGCAGGAGUGGCAUAG